GAAGGACAGGCACGCAUCCCAUCGGUGAAGCUUACUCUACUCUAGUCGGAGUCGUAGUUUAAGGCCGGUCAGUGCAUAUGCAUGCAUGCAUGCAUGCAGACUGCAUGCAGGGCGCGACGUCCGACGUGCUAGCUAGGUAGCUCCAGCUCGGGCUGAAGGGCGGCAGGCGGCGAUGGGAGGAUUCACGCCUCCGAUCCCGCAGGACGACAGCAACUGGGAGAUCCGCGUGGCGGUGCUGCUCAGCCUCUUCCUCCAGAUGAUCCUCAUCUUCGUCGGCCCCGUCCGCAAGCGCUCCUCCUCCCCCGUCCCCCGCUUCCUCGUCUGGGCAUGCUACCUCCUCGCCGACUGGGUCGCCGACCUCGCCCUCGGCCUCCUCCUCAACAACAUGGGCAACAUCGGCGGCUCCCAGUCCAGCUCCUCCUCCACCAUCACCCAGCACGCCACCGGCCUCAAGCGCGGCUCCCCCACCAACGCCGACGCCGGCAACAGCAGCCCCAUCAUCUUCGCCUUCUGGACGCCCUUCCUGCUGCUCCACCUGGGCGGCCCCGACACCAUCACCGCCUACUCCCUCGAGGACAACGAGCUGUGGCUCCGCCACCUCAUCGGCCUCCUCUUCGAGCUCUUCUCCGCCUCCGUCAUCUUCUUCUGCUCCCUCAAGGGCAAUCCCAUGAUCCCCGCCACCGUCCUCAUGUUCGUCGUCGGCAUCAUCAAGUACGGUGAGCGCACCUACUCGCUCUACUCCGGCAGCGUCGACGGCUUCCGGGAGAACAUCCUCGACCCUCCUGACCCGGGCCCAAACUACGCCAAGCUCAUGACCGAGUUCGACGCCAAGGAGCAGGCCGGACUGGUCGUCGAUAUCGUCUUCGCCGGCGCAGACGAGGAGGCCAAGAAAGCCCUGGCCGACCUUGAGGAAGGCGAGGCCGCGCGACUCGUGAAUAAUCGCAGCAAGAGCCUUGAGUCGCAGGCGUUCGACUUCUUCCUCAUCUUCCGCCGCCUCUUCGUCAACCUCAUCCUAAGCUACAAGGAGCGCAAGAUCAGCCAAGCCUACUUCCUCGAUCGCGAGGACGUGACCGACUCGCCGGCCAAGGCGUUCCAGGUCAUCGAGGUGGAGCUCAACUUCAUCUACGACAUGGUGUACACCAAGGCCCCCGUCGCCCACAGCAAGGCCGGCAGCGUCCUCCGCUUCCUCGCCUCCGCCUGCCUCGUCUCCUCCCUCCUCAUCUUCUUCUUCCACGGCGACAAGGGCAGCUUCAUGCGCGUCGACAUCGCCAUCACCUAUGCGCUGCUCCUGGGCGGGAUAGCACUCGACGGCGUCGCGCUCGCCAUGCUCCUGUCCUCCCACCGGAUGCUCGUCCUCCUCGAGAAGACACGGUGGCUGGAGUGGCUCGCGCGCGCCGUCAGGUCCGUGCGGCCACGGCUGCGGCGCUGGUCGGAGAGGACCUCGCAGCUGAACCUGGUGAGCUACUGCCUGGGCAAGCCGGACCCUUCCAGCAGCGGCC